AUGGUUAAUUCUAUAAUGAUAUUACUAGUACAACACUUAACUAUCUACCUUGUUAGCUGUUUCUAUUGCAUAUUGUUUCUACUUUACAAUUUUGGACAGUCUACGAAUUUUGCACCGGAGGAUAGAUUAUUUUUCUCUGUAGAUAAUUGUGAACGAAACUUAGAUAUAGGCAACUGGUGUGAAUGGUCACCUUGGAGUAGAUGUGAAGCACUUACAUGUACACGAUUACGUCAACGUGAAUGUGGCUGUCCUGCACCACUUAACUGGACAAAAGCAACAGAAUGUAAAACUGUUAAACCUCAAAAUGACUACAGAGUAAAUAAUACAAUUAUCAAACAUACGCGACAUAUACGAUUUACAAGUGAUACUAAGCACGAAUGUAAAAUACCCGUAAUUCUCGAAGGCACUUACUAUCCUGACUGUUUUCAACCUGUACAAGUAUCCAAAGUUACAACACAAGUUUCCAAUAAAAUGAAAUCAAAAAAUUUCUUUUGUUCGGUAAAUCGUACACAAAUUGGUUUGUGUUCAAAACAAUCGAAUAAUUCAAAUUAUGAUACAAAAGGUAUGCGAGAAUAUGAUGUUGGUGCAUGUGAUAAUUGGCGUAUAAUCCAUCAUUGGAGUAUGGAAAAUUUACCAAUGAAACUAAAGUAUAUUUAUGAUUCAGACAGUGAAUUAGGACGUAAAUGUACAUUUGAAGUGGAUAGUUACAAUCCAUUAUGUAAAUAUUAUACAUUGUAUUCAGAAUAUACAAGAAGUGAUUAUGGACGAUUAAAUAAUUUCGCAUUUGACAUAGAGAAUUGUCGUUUCGCAUGUGCUAUACACAUUCAGUGUAAAGCUAUUGAAUUCAUUGUUGGUGUUCAUUGUAUACUUGCGUUUCACUUCGAUGAAUCGGUUCUUCAACGAUCCAUUGGGACUGUGAUUCAACUGAAACCGAAUGAAUGUCAUCCUGAUAUUAAAGAUGAACAGAUUUAUCCAUAUACUAGUGCUGUAUCUAUUCUACGUGUUUAA